AUGGUUCUUCACGCCGAGGAAAAGGUUCCUCACGUUGAGGACAAGGUUCUUCACGCUGUGGGCAAGGCUCCUCACGCUGAGGAAAAGGGUCCUCACGCUGAGGACAAGGUUCCUCACGCUGAGAACAAGGUUCCUCACGCUGAGAGCAAGGUUCUUCACGCUGAAGACAAGGUUCUUCACGCCAAGGACAAGGUUCCUCACGUUGAGGACAAGGUUCUUCACGCCGAGGAGAAGGUUCCUCACGCUGAGGACAAGGUUCCUCACGCUGAGGACAAGUUUGUUCAUGCUGAGGACCAGGUUCCUCACGCUGAGAACAAGGUCCCUCACGCUGAGGACAAGGUUCCUCACGUUCAGGACAAGUUCCCUCACGCUGAGAAGAAGGAUCCUCACACUGGGAAGAAGGUUCCUCACGCUGACGACAAGGUUCCUCACGCUGAGGACAAGGUUCCUCACGCUGAGGACAAGGUUCUUCACGCUGAGGACAAGGUUCCUCACGCUGAGGACAAGUUUCCUCACGCUGAGGACAAGGUUCCUCACGCUGAGGACAAGGUUCCUCACGCUGAGGACAAGGUUCCUCACGCUGAGGACAAGGUUCUUCACGCUGUGGACAAUGUUCUUCACGCUGAGGGCAAGGUUCCUCACGCUGAGGACAAGGUUCCCCACGCUGAGGACAAGGUCCUCACGCUGAGGACAAGGUUCUUCACGCUGUGGACAAUGUUCUUCACGCUGAGGGCAAGGUUCCUCACGCUGAGGACAAGCUUCCUCACUCUGAGGACAAGGCUCGUUACGCUCAGGAGAAUGUUUCUCAUUCUGAGAACAAGGUUCCUCACGCUGAGAACUAGGUUCAUCAUGCUGAGGACAAGGUUCCUCACGCUGAGGACAAGAUUUUUCACGCUGAGGACAAUGUUCCUCACGCUGAGGACAAGGUUCCUCACGCUGAGGACAAGGUUGCUCACGCUGAGAAGAAUGCUCCUCACGCUGAGAACAAGGUUCCUCACGCUAAGAACAAUGUUCCUCAAGCUGAGGACAAGGUUCUUCACGCUGAGGACAAGGUUUUUCACACUGAGGACAAGGUUUCUCACGCUGAGGACAAGGUUCCUCACGCUGAGAACAAGGUUCGUCAGGCUGAGGACAAAUUUCCUCACGCUGAGGACAAGGUUCCUCACGCUGAGAACAAGGUUCCUCAUUCUGAGGACAAGGUUCCUCACGCUGAGAACAAGGUUCCUCACGCUGAGCACAAGGUUCGUCACGCUGAGGACAAGGUUCCUCACGCUGAGGACAAGGUUCCUCACGCUGACGACCAGGUUCGUCAAGCUGAGGACAAGGUUCCUCACACUGAGGACAAGCUUCCUCACGCUGAGGACAAGGUUGUUCACGCUGAGGACAAGGUUCUUCACGCUGAGGACAAGGUUCCUCACGCUGAGGACAAGCUUUCUCACACUGAGGACAAGGCUCGUCACGCUGAGGACAAAGUGUCUCAUGCUGAGAACAAGGUGUCUCACGGUGAGAACAAGGUUCCUCAUGCUGAGGACAAGGUUCCUCACGCUGAGGACAAGGUUCCUCACGCUGAGGACAAGAUUCUUCACGCUGAGGACAAUGCUCCUCACGCUGAGGAAAAGGUUCCUCACGCUGAGGACAAGGUUCCUCACGCUGAGAAGCAUGCUCCUCACGCUGAGGACAAGGUUCGUCACGCUAAGAACAAGGUUCCUCACGCUGAGGACAAGGUUCCUCAAGCUGAGGACAAGGUUCCUCACGCUGAGGACAAGGUCGUCACGCUAAGAGGUUUCUCACUCUGAGGACACGGUUGCUCACGCUGACGGACAAGGUUCCUCAGGCUGAGGACAAAUUUCCUCACGCUGAGGACAAGGUUCCUCAGGCUGAGGACAAGAUUUCCUCACGCUGAGGACAAGGUUCCUCACGCUGAGGACAAGGUUCCUCACGAUGAGGACAAGGUUCCUCACGCUGAGAACAAGGUUCCUCAUCCUGAGGACAAGUUUUCUCACGCUGAGGACAAGGUUCCUGACGCUGAGGACAAGGUUCGUCACGCUGAGGACAAGGUUCCUCACGCUGAGGAAAAGGUUCCUCACGCUGAGGACAAGGUUCCUCACGCUGAGAACAAGGUUCCUCACGCUGAGGACAAGGUUCCUCACGCUGAGGACAAGGUUCCUCACGCUGAGGACAAGGUUCCUCACGCUGAGGACAAGGUUCCUCACGCUGAGGACAAGGUUCCUCACGCUGAGGACAAGGUUCCUCACGCUGAGGACAAGGUUCCUCACGCUGAGGACAAGGUUCCUCACGCUGAGGACAAGGUUCCUCACGCUGCGGACAAAGUUCCUCACGCUGAGGACAAGGUUCCUCACGCUGAGAAAAUGCUCCUCACGCUGAGGACAAGGUUCCUCACGCUGAGAACAAGGUUCCUCAUUCUGAGGACAAGUUUCCUCACGCUGAGGACAAGGUUCCUCACGCUGAGAAGAAUGCUCCUCACGCUGAGGACAAGGUUCCUCACGCUGAGAAGAAUCCUCCUCACGCUGAGGACAAGGUUCCUCACGCUAAGAACAAGGUUCCUCACGCUGAGGACAAGUUCCUCACGCUGAGGACAAGGUUCCUCACGCUGAGGAGAAGGUUCCUCACGCUGAGGACAAGGUUGCUCACGCUGAGGACAAGGUUCCUCACGCUGAGGACAAAGUUCCUCACGCUGAGGACAAGGUUCCUCACGCUGAGGACAAGGUUCCUCACGCUGAGGACAAGGUUCCUCACGCUGAGGACAAGGUUCCUCACGCUGAGGACAAGGUUCCUCACGCUGAGAACAAGGUUCCUCAUUCUGAGGACAAGGUUCCUCACGCUGAGGACAAGGUUCCUCACGCUGAGGACAAGGUUCGUCACGCUGAGGACAAGGUUCCUUACGCUGAGGACAAGUUUCCUUACGCUGAGGACAAGGUUCCUCACGCUGAGGACAAGGUUCCUCACGCUGAGGAUAAGGUUCCUCACGCUGAGGACAAGGUUUCUUUACGCUACAAGGUUCUUCACGCUGAGGACAAGGUUCCUCACGCUGGGGAUAAGGUUCCUCACGCUGAGGACAAGGUACCUCACGCUAAGGACAAGGUUCCUCACGCUGAGGACAAGGUUCCUCACGCUGAAAUUAAUGUGCGAUAA